CAACCUUUGGACGGCCAUAUUUGCUUUUUGUUUACUAAGUUUCUUUAAGGGUCGGUGCUGCUGAAAGCUAACCUCUUCGGCUCUGCCUGGCCAGUGUGUUGCAGCAUUAAUUUAGCUGAAAUGACUGAGGAGAAAUAAGGCUGCUGAAUUUGUGUGUUUAGGUGGAAGCCCUGCACCUGAAGCCUGGCUGAAACUUAUUCAAGAUGAACUGUGAACUUUUGGCAACAUGCAGUGCGCUCGGUUAUCUGGAGGGAGACACUUACCACAAAGAGCCUGAUUGCUUAGAAAGCGUGAAAGACCUGAUCCGGUACUUGCGUCAUGAAGAUGACAGUCGUGAUAUCCGCCAGCAACUUGGCGAAAGCCAGAUUGUUCAGAACGACCUUCUGCCCAUUAUUGUUCAGUACAGAGAAGACAAAGCCUUAUUUGAUGCCUGCAUCAGACUCAUGGUCAACCUUACUCAGCCUGCCAUGCUGUGUUUUGGUAAAAUCCCAGAUGACCCAGUUUUAAGGCAUCACUUCAUGCAAGUGACGUCCCAUUUACAAGCCUAUAAAGAGGCAUUUGCCAGUGAGAGGGUAUUUGGCAUUCUAAGUGAGACUUUGUACAACCUCCUACAACUUGACUGGGAACAGAGGCAGGAAGAAGAUAAUCUUCUUAUAGAGAGGAUUUUGCUUCUGGUCAGGAAUGUGCUUCAUGUUCCUGCAGACCCGUUUGAAGAGAAGAAGGUGGAUGAUGAUGCCAGCAUCCAUGACAGGGUGCUGUGGGCUGUUCACAUGAGCGGUUUUGACGACCUGAUCAAGUUCAUUGCGUGUGCCCAGAGCGAGCAGCAGUGGAGCAUGCAUGUGUUGGAAAUGAUCUCCCUCAUGUUCAGAGACCAGACACCGGAGUCUCUGGUGAGCUCUGGUCACGCUCGAUCGGCAGAAGAGAAGCAGAAAGACUCUCAGGAGUUGGAGGCGCUGAGGCAGAAGGAGCACGCCGAGAAACGCUCUCGGAACUUACAAAGAGGAAACAGACACUCUCGCUUUGGUGGCUCUUAUGUUGUUCAGGGCCUCAAAGCAAUCGGGGAUAAAGACGUGAUCUAUCACCAAAACCUGAACAAUUUCAAAAAUUACACUCACGACCUCGGUAAAGCUGUGAGGCGUGUUCCCAAGAGGAACUGGCGAGCUCAGGAAUGUAAGGACAAGCGACGCUCGGCCUUAAACGUCCGACUCUUCCUGCGAGAGUUUUGCAUCGACUUCUUGGAGAACUGCUACAACCGACUCAUGUACCUCGUCAAGGAAAGUUUGAUCCGAGAGCAGACUCAGCAGCACGAUGAGACCUACUACCUCUGGGCGCUCAGCUUCUUCAUGGCGUUCAACCGUUGCAACGGUUUCCGUGCCGACUUAGUCUCUGAAACCAUGUCUGUUCGCACUUUUCAUUUCAUCGAACGCAACAUCACCAAUUACUACGAAAUGAUGCUAACAGACCGCAAAGAGGCCACAUCCUGGUCCCGCAGGAUGCACUUGGCUCUUAAAGCAUAUCAAGAACUGCUGCUCACUGUGAACGAGAUGGACCGCUCACAYGAUGACGGCAUCCGUCAGAGUUCCAACGUUAUUAAAAGUAACAUAUUCUACCUGAUGGAGUACCGGGAGAUCUUCCUGACCCUGCUGAGAAAAUACGACGAAACCAAGCAGCCACAGUCCUACCUCAAAGACCUGGUGGAGUCGACUCACCUGUUCCUGCGCAUGCUGGAGCGAUUCAGCAAAGGUCGGAAAAACUUGAUCGUACAGAGGAAGAAGAUGAAGAAAAGAAAAACUCAGCGUAAAAAGAAGCAGUCGGUUGUAGAAUCCAGUCCCGAGGUGCUGGCAGAAACCUGGAAGAACGUGGAGGAUGAGCUGAGGGGGACAAACUUUCAGCUGUCGGAGGCUUUAACGGAGAGCAUCGUGCCGUUUGACCCGACAUCCGAAACUCCUGUUGAGGAGCAGAAAACGGAGGCGAUGGUACGAGUGCAGGAUUCUCUGCUGGCUCGAUUGGGACCUGAAGCUCUGGGAUUGCUGCGCGCCGCCAGGGAGGUGUGGCCGGAGGGCGACGUGUUCGGUUCCGCUGAUGUGGAACCUGAAGAAGAACUUGAACUCCUCAAGCAGAUCCUCCAUGCCAACCUGCCACGGCAGCUUCCUGAGGCGGUGGUUGAGGAUGAGGAUGAUGGAGCAGAGUUAGAAGAGGAAGAGUUGGAAUCUGUUCAAGUUUCUGAAACCGAGUUCAACUUCCUAGAUUUUGUCAAGAAGUUUGCCAGCCCUGCCGUUGUGCGUCCCUACCUUCUCCUGUUAAAGUCCUACUCCAAAAACACCCCCCACACAAACCACUGCAUCGCACGAAUGCUGCACCGCCUGGCCGUCGACCUCAAAAUGGAUGCCCUGAUCUUCCAGCUGUCGGUCUUUUACGUUUUCAACAAAAUCCUGAGCGACCCUGCUGCAGCAGCGUAUCAGGAGCUAGUAACCUUCGCCAAGUACGUGCUGAACCGUUUCUUUACGUUAGCAGCGCAGAACGACAAGGCGUACGUUGAGCUGCUCUUCUGGAAGAACGUCGGGGCGGUCCGGGAGAUGACUGAAGGCUACGGCAAAGAUGGGGAGGGGAAAACCCCAGCCUGGACUGAAGAGGAGGAAGAGGAGCUGCGUCGGCUCUACAUGGAGCACCGGGAUUCUGAAGUGCCGGACAUCGUGGAGACUCUUCUGCCUUUACUCAGCAACAGCAGCCGGACUCGGCGGCAGGUCGUCACACAGCUGGUACAUCUGGGUCUGGUGGGCACCGCUAAAGAACUGARGAAGCCAAAGAAGGGCACUGGAAUCGUUCUGUGGACGGAGGAGCAGGAAUUGGAGCUUCAGAUGCUUUUUGAAGAGUUCAAAGACUCGGAUGAUGUGCUGGGUAACAUCCUAAAGAAGAUCACGGCUAGGCGGUCCCGAGCGCGCUUGGUGGACAAGCUGCUCAGCAUGGGCCUGGUGUCCGAGAGACGAGAACUUUAUAAGAAGAGAAGCYGCAGCGCUAAAGGAAAGAGCUCUGGAGAGGGAAUGACUGAAGAAGAGUUCYUGAAUGAACUAACACAAGGCCUCCCAGACGAUUCCUCGGACCGAGAUGAGGAUGAUGAAGACGAGAGAGACGAUGAGUCUGAUGAUAGCGAGGAAGAGGAAGAGCAGGAAAGAGAAAAAUCACAAAAUGCUGAAAAAAGAAGCCAAAACUUCCACUUAGUAGAGAGGAGAGCAGACAUAAGCACCAUGGUGAUCCGUCUCCAACAAGAAGGCUUGUCUGGACCAUUGUUGUGGCUGCAGAACUCUUUAACUAAAACRGCCAAGAAUCGUGAAGAUGAUGGUCUGUCCCAGGCCGUUCCACUUUUACCUCUGACUGAGACAAAUGAAGACGCCAUGGAGAACAGGAGCUUCCAGGAGCUGUUGUGCAAACUGGGAAUCCGACCACCUGCUAACGAACAAGAAAUCUUCUGGAGGAUCCCAGCAAAGAUCAGUCCAGCUCAGCUUAUGAGUGCAGCUGCAGCUUUAACUCCAGGAGACAACCAAACUGAAAACCUGGAGGAGCAAGAAAUGCCUGAAGACCCAACAGAUGAACCCCAGGAGGAGGAGGAGGAGGAGAAGGAACAGGAGGAGGAGGUCCCGAACGAACAAAGAGCCCAGGCUCUCAGGGCCCUGCUGCUCGCACGCAAUAAGAAGCGCCGCGCUGCAGAGAGUCCAGACCUUGUAUCAGAUAAUACUCCUGAUGGUGACAAAAACAGCAUUACAGAAAGGUCCCAGGAAAAGACCGUAAGUAAAAGAAGCAGAACACUGGAUGAUGAUGACGAUGAGGAAGAAAAAGAAAAUGAUGCCACCUGUGCAAUGGAGGUGGACACAAAUGCUGAUGCAGAUUCAGACCAGGAGGAUGUCGCUGCUCCCGUGAAGCGAAGGCGGAAAAUGGUUUUAAUUGACGAGGAGGAGGAAGAUUAGUGAAAGUCUUUAAUGGACUGCAGACAAGAAGGUCCCUUGAGUUACUGGGAAUAAAAUCGGCCCUUUGGAGAGCUGCAGUSCAGACAGCAGGAAGUAUUAACGAAUCAUUUGAUCCUAUAUUUUACUUUAUAUCCUAAAUAGAAAACCUGUUUCUGUUUGUAUUUGUUGACAUUUAAAUCAUGGUAAUACAGAAUUUGUGUUACAACAGUUCAAUUAGUUUGUGUUUGACUUGAAAGUUGUUCCACAAAUACAAAYACUUUCAAUGUUUUUGAGUCAUUUUCAGUCUUUAAUUUUCAUUGUCAUAAUAAAAUGUAUAUUGGUCAAUAAAACAAGUUAUCAGUAAA